AGUUGGUUGUGGGUGACACCAUUUGGAUUACGUAAGCUUCUAAACUGGAUAACUGAAACCUACAACUACCCUAUCUACGUUACAGAGAACGGCGUUUCGGACAGAAAUGGAUCACUGAAUGAUGUACAUCGUGUAAACUAUUAUAGAUCAUACAUAAAUGAAAUGCUUAAAGCAAUCAAAUUGGAUGGGUGUAAAGUUAAAGGAUAUACAGCUUGGUCAUUGAUGGAUAAUUUUGAAUGGAGGCAAGGGUUCGUUGAAAAAUUUGGAUUGCAUUAUAUUGAUUUUAACGACCCAAACAGAACCCGAAUUCCAAAGCUGUCAUCAUUAUUUUAUUAUAAUCUGAUUAAAGACCAUGGUUAUUUGGAAAAGGCAUUCACGGCACCAGGAGGGCUGCCAGUGAUUGAAUAUGAGGCCACGAUAUAUUAUGGAAGUUUUCCAGAUGACUUUGCCUGGGGUGUCAAUACAGCAGCUUAUCAGAUAGAAGGAGGUUGGGAUGCAGAUGGGAAAGGACAUAGUGUCUGGGAUGAUUUUACUCAUGCUGGAAAAGCAAUAAAUGGCGACACCGGCGAUAUAUCAACAGACAGUUAUAGAUUGUUUCUAAGAGAUGUACAGUUGUUAAAAGAUCUAAAUGUGAGUCACUACAAGUUUUCGUUAGCAUGGUCACGUAUACUCUCAAAUGGUACUAUUCAAUCGAAAAACGAAGCUGGAAUAGAAUAUUACAGACAGCUGAUUGAUGCUUUAAUUGAUUCAGGAAUAGAACCUGUAGUGACACUCAAUUAUUGGGACCUACCACAAGCGUUACAAAAUUCUGGUGGAUGGCUCGACAACCAUACUGUCACAUUGUUCAACGAAUUUUCACGGCUGUGUUUUGAAGAAUAUGGAAAUAGGGUUAAGAUGUGGAUAACAAUUCAUGAUCCUAAACUAUUAGCUUAUGAAGGGUAUGAGACGGGAUAUUUCCCUCCAUCUGUUGGACAUAGAGAUGGAAUAGGGGUCUACCUUGCUGCUCACAACCUGCUCAGAGCUCAUGCUGCAGUAUAUAGAACGUACCAGGCUAUGUUUAAGAAAAAACAAAAAGGUAAAGUGGGAAUAGCAUUAGGGACAAAAUGGGCUGACCCUCUAAGGAUGUAUAGUCCAGGCGAUUGGGAUGCCUCCGCAACUGCUAUGGCAUUUGACUUAGAUUGGUUUGCAAAUCCUAUUUUUGGCGAUGGAGAUUAUCCUGCACAGAUGAAAUCAAGUGUAAAUAAAAGCAAUAAGAUUCAAAGACUUCCAUCAUUUUCUGAACAUGAGAAGGAGUCUUUAAGAGGAUCUGCUGACUUCCUAGGUCUAAAUCUCUACACAGCAUUAAAAGUUACACCUACGACACACGAAGGAGAGUUGAAAGGUGUACUCAAAGAUGGAAUGGUUGAUUACUCAGCAGAUACAAAUUGGGAAAGAACGGACACGGGUUAUGAAUCAUAUGUGACGCCUUUUGCAAUGAGGAAAACAUUGAAUUGGAUAAAACACAAGUAUGGAGAUGUCCCUGUUUACGUUACAGAGACAGGACGAUCAGACCAUGAUGGAAGACUUCAUGAUCAGCAUAGGAUAUCAUAUUUCAAGAAAUAUAUAAAUGAAAUUCUAAAAGCAAUUCGACUGGACAAUUGUAAUGUGAGAGGAUUUUUUGCUCAUACUUUGAUGGACGGUUUUGAAUUUAAUUCAGGAUUCACAGAUAAAUUCGGUUUGUAUUAUGUUGACUUAAAGGAUCCACAAAGAAAACGAAUACCAAAAGAUUCAGCUUAUUUUUACAAGGAUCUUAUAUUAUCCAACGGUUUCUUCAAGGAAACUGUGUCACUUAUGCCAUUUGAAUCUGUCAAAUACCCACGUGAUCCAAACAAUUUACCAAUGCUAGAUGACUUCUACUACGGGACUUUUCCUGAUGAUUUUGCCUGGAGUUCAGCAACGGCAGCUUAUCAAGUAGAAGGAGCAUGGAAUGAAGAUGGGAAAGGACCGAGCAUCUGGGAUGUUCAUUCACACAAUGGUAAGAUAGACAACAAUGCUACAGGCGACAAAGCAUGUGAUAGUUAUCAUAGAUACAAGGAAGACAUCAAAAUUAUGUCGGACAUGAAGGUAACUCAUUACCGAUUUUCAUUGUCAUGGCCAAGAAUCCUACCCGAUGGAACAACAAAGAGUGUCAACCGUAAAGGGAUAGAGUAUUACAAUCAACUAUUAGAUGGUCUGAAGAAAGCUGGUAUCGAACCUAUGGUGACAUUAUAUCACUGGGAUCUACCACAAGCUCUGCAAGAUGCCUAUGGUGGUUGGCUAAGUGAAACAGUUUCAGAUCUUUUUGCAGAAUAUGCCAGAAUCUGUUAUAAGGAGUUUGGUGAUAGGGUAAAACUAUGGAUAACUCUCAAUGAGCCCAGGGUUGUGGCAACACGUGGAUAUGGUGGCGGUACAAUGCCACCUGAGGUUGGAGAACCAGGAACAACUGUCUACAUUGCAGCGCAUAACCUCAUUAAAGCACACGCAAAAGCUUAUCGUGUUUACAACAACGAAUUUAGGAAGAUUCAAAAAGGAAAUGUUGGGAUAACCUACAAUUUCCAUUGGCAAGAACCAACGGACAAAUCUAAUCCGGAAGACAUAGAGGCGUCUGAAACAGGUAACCAGUUUUUCCUCGGAUGGUACGCCAAUCCUGUAUUUGUAGACGGUGACUACCCAGAUAUAAUGAAGAAGAAAAUUGGGGACAAGAGCAGACGUCAAAAUUUUAAUUCAAGCAGACUCCCAAGUUUUACCGAGUACGAGAAACAAUAUAUAAAAGGUUCAUCUGAUUUUAUUGGUUUGAACUUCUACACAUCGGAAAUGGUAUCCAUGCGCCGAACUCCUACAUAUAAAGUUGAUUAUAGGGAUGACACAGAUAUUAUUGCCGUUAAAGAUCCAUCUUGGAUUGGGUCUGGAUCUUCAUGGUUGAAACUAACUCCUUGGGGAAUAAGAAAAGCAUUGAAUUGGAUGAGAAACCACUAUGGAAAUGUUCCAAUAUACAUAACAGAAAAUGGUAUCUCUGACAGAAACGGAAGUUUACAUGAUGAUCAUCGGAUAUUUUAUUAUAAACAUUACAUCAAUAAUGUUUUGAAAGCAAUACGCAUUGACGGUAUCAACAUAAAAGGAUAUACAGCUUGGUCCCUUAUGGAUAAUUUUGAGUGGAUGAGAGGGUAUUCAGAAAGAUUUGGACUCCAUUUUGUUAACUUCAGUGAUCCAUCUAGACCAAGAGUCCCAAAAGCAUCAUCUAGAUUUUUUCGUGAUUUAGUUGUUAACAAUGGGUUUUAUCCUAGACAUAAUUCGGGUGAACUGGCUUGGCCAACGGAGCAACCACCAGCUAUUUUACAAACUUUAUCGCCUUGUUCGUCGAAAUCGUCUAAAACUUCAAACCUUUUCUUGACUUUAACCGUCUUCCAGUUAAGUGUCUUUAUGAUUACUGCAUAGUUAUGAAACAUUUUUGUAUAAACUUAUUGUGCUUCUUGGUACGAAACAAAAACAAAAACAACUCUUUUUUUAUCAUUCUCAAUAUCAUUGUUUUAAUUAAAUCUUAUGUAAAUAGUGAUGCAUACCUAUAAUCAAAUUAUUAGAUAAAACGUCUAGAGAUGUUGGUCUUUGGUUAUAACAUUUACUUUUCAGCAAAUCUAGACCCACCCACGAUUAGGGACAAUGGAUAAUUACCAAAAUCUUCCUUUUGAUGGAGUUGCGACAAAUCUAUCAUUCUAGGUUUGGAUUCAUACCGCCAAAAAAUGUCAAAUAGAUUUUUUUUU